AUGGCUCCACCACAAAGGAUCCUCUUUCCCCCGGAGAAGAUUUGCAUGGACUGGCAGCAAAGGCAGAAAGCUGGAGCAGGCCUCUACAAUGUGGACAAUACGUGCUUCCUCAACUCCGUGCUGCAGUGCCUGACGUACACACCCCCUCUUGCCAACUACCCGCUCUCUCAUGAGCACAGCAGCUCCUGUCGCCAGCAAGGCUUCUGCAUGAUGUGCAUCAUGGAAGCGCACGUUAACAAUGCCUUGAACACCUCAGCCAGCGCCAUCCAGCCCAGGCACAUCAUCAAUGCCCUCCCACGAAUAGGAGGACAUUUCAUGCUUGGCAUGCAGGAAGACGCCCACGACUUCUUACGCUGUACUGUCACUGCCAUGCAGAGAGCUUGUCUGGCUGGAAGCAGCGCCUGGGACAUCUCUUCUCAACAUACUACCAUCGUCCAUCAAAUAUCUGGGGGCUUCCUGAGGUCCAGAGUCAUGUGCUGCAGCUGCAAAGCAGUUUCCGAUUCCUAUGAGGCCUUCCUGGAUGUGCCUUUGGAUAUCAAAGCAGCCUCGUCUGUCACUGCAGCUCUGGAGAAUUUUGUCAAAACCGAGCGGCUGGCUGGUGAAAACAGCUUUCGAUGUAGCAGGUGUGACGAGAUGUUUACUGCCCUCAAGAGGUUUACAAUCAAUUGCGUGCCCAAGGUUCUCACGCUGUGCCUGAAACGCUUUGAUUUCUAUGGCAAGAAGAUCGGCAAGUUUGUGCAGUAUCCCCAGUACUUGGAUCUCCGGCCAUACAUGUCUCAGGGAGCUGCAGAACCGCUCCUCUACGCCUUAUACGCUGUCCUGGUGCACAGCGGUGGCAGCUCUCAGGCAGGACACUAUUUCUGCUACACAAAGGCCAGCGAUGGACUGUGGUACCAGAUGGACGAUACGCUGGUGGAUCGUUGCGACAUAAACACAGUUCUCGCGCAGCAAGCCUAUUUACUUUUUUAUGUCAGGGCAAGUGCAGAUGUUCUACGGAGGGACCACCAGUCCCCACAGGCCCUGCUGCCCUCCCUGUCAUGCAGUAGCUCCUCUACCCUGGGCUCCCUCUACCGCGUCCCAGACCACUGGCCUGCUGUGAUGAACCUCGCCAAGGAGCUCAUCCACAUCGUCCAGGACACCAUCAUAGUGACCAAGCAGUACAAAAAGUUUUUGCAAAUGAUGAUGGCCAAGUUGCGAAAGGAAGCCUGUGGAACCGCUAACCAAGGAGUAACCAAGGCCACAAGAAGGCUGAUGAUCUGGGCUAUCAUUAUGACACCUAUUACAUCUGAGAAGCUCAUAGGCCACUUGGAGGCACGUGGCCAUGUUGGCAAGAUUGAGGUCCCUGGAGUCUCCAGCUUCCUUGGGGGACUGGCCAUCAGCAGCCCAGCUGGUUAUGGCUGCAGCCGGGAACACAGAGUUUACAGUGUUGGGAGAGUGGUGCAGCAAGUUGUGCAGAUCCUGCCUGCAGAAGGCUUAUCCCACAUUGUCUCCUGUGAGACCUUCAAGUGCUUUCUGCCAGGGAAACCCAUUCUAGUCAUCACUUCUCGUGUUCUAAGAGGAGAUGUUCACUUGGGAGUUGGUAACUGCAGUCCCAGAGAGAGGUUCCCCCUCCAGCUGCCGAUGGUGUCAGAGGUGCUCGGCAUGAGCUUCAACACUCCGACCAUGCCACCACCAGUCACUGCUGGCAUGCUGCCCUCUGCCAAAACCACAACAAAGCCCCAAGGUGACACCUCCACCGACAUGACCCACUCUCUAAAGCAGUUUCAAAUGAAGGGACUUCCCAUCAAGGGAGGCAGCCUUGGCAGGGGUGAGAAACAAAGACCAGGUCGUGAAAAGAACACCGUUAGCUACGUUGCGCAGGAAGAAGCCUUCCAAUGA